UUGACGCUUCGUUCUUUCGUGGGCGGGGGGAAAGCCCAGCUGCGAAACUCUGGCCGCGAACUCUCUGGCAUCGCCGUCCCGGCCUCGAGCCAUCCACGUUCCACGGUCUCGAACUCGAAGCCCAGCACCACGCGACCACGAGCCGCCCUUCUCCGGCGGCGUCGCAGUGAGCCCGGCAUGGCCAUGCUACUCCGCCGCCGACUCCCGCUGCUCCGCCUCCUCCGGCCGCUGCAUACUGGAUCGAUGGCUUCGAUCUCUUCGUCCUCCACACCUCCCCCUCCCCCUCCCCCUCCUCUUCAGAAACCUCACGCCGCCUUCGUGGGGCCAAGAUCACGCCGCCUGCGGUUCCCCAAUGCCGCGCCCGUUGAGUCGGGGCGGGGGGCUGGGAAAUCAUCUCCCGCUGCCGCCUAUCUCGCUAUGGGCGCGGCCGCCGCCCUCGCGUCACUGCCGGUGGCCUACGCAGACAGCAAUGAGCAGGGAGCGGUCGACACAGUAGCGAGUGCCGAUCCCGCGGUUGGGGAGGAUUUGGCCCGCAAGGAGAGGAAGAGGAUAUUGGAGCUUGUCCAGAGCCGAGGGAUGCAGCGCGGGUCAUACCCGAAGUUUGAUGUUGCAGUGAAGGGCCAGAAGGUGGUUGUUAAAUUCAACAUGCCAUCUAAUUGCAAUGUAUCACACCUUAUCGUUGAUCUUGUAACACAUAUUGGACUUGAGGCAGAACAACAUGGUGGUGGCUCAGAGGUUUUAGUGCGUGCUUGGGACAGUCCAGCUGCACGUCAAAUCACACUGAACCCUCCCAAGAAGACUAGCACUGGAGAUCACAAUGAAGAUGGUCUCUGUGUUCUGAUAUUUGAACCACUUAUUGGAUCAGAUUAUUCUGAAAUUGAAUUCAUCAAGCCUGGGAGUUUUAGUUUGAAAGAACUUGAGGCUUUGAUAAGUGCUUUAAAAAUAGCCUCUGAAAAGGGGUCAUCAGGGAAAAACACACCAAGAAAAGGAAAUGGUCAAAGAUCCAAGCAUUUGCCCUCUUUGGAGAAAGUUGUAUCUGAUUUAGAGGCUAUGGGUGUUAGAGUCUAUGGAUUUGAUGAAACAUCAAGUGUUCCAAUGGAUGGCACUGUAAUCUGGGAGAACCUUGCAGGAUAUGAACCUCAGAAAAGGGAAAUAGAGGAUACUGUACUCUUAGCUUUACAGAGUCCUGAAGUGUAUGAUGAUAUUGCUCGCGGCACGCGCUGCAAAUUUGAGACAAAUAGACCUCGCGCUGUUCUUUUUGAGGGCCCACCUGGCAAGACAUCUUCAGCUCGAGUUAUUGCCAAACAAGCAGGAAUUCCACUACUAUAUGUGCCACUUGAAGUUGUUAUGUCAAAAUAUUAUGGCGAAAGUGAGCGUCUAUUGGGAUCUGUUUUUUCACUUGCAAAUGAUCUUCCUGAAGGAGGUAUUAUAUUCCUAGAUGAGGUGGAUUCUUUUGCUAUUGCUCGAGACAGUGAAAUUCAUGAAGCUACACGAAGAAUCUUGUCAGUAAUUCUGCGACAGAUCGAUGGGUUUGAGCAGGAUAGACGGGUGGUAGUCAUUGCUGCAACAAAUAGAAAGGAGGACCUUGAUCCAGCUCUCAUCAGCCGUUUUGAUUCAAUCAUCUGUUUUGGCUUACCAGAUCAGCAAACUCGUGUGGAAAUAGCUGCACAGUAUGCCAAGCAUUUGACUAGAUCAGAAUUGGUUCAAUUUUCAUUGGCCACUCAAGAGAUGUCAGGAAGAGAUAUCAGGGAUGUGUGCCAACAAGCUGAAAGACACUGGGCGUCAAAGUUAAUAAGGGGGCAGGUUCCAAAAGAUGAGAAGGGGGAGCCGAGUCUUCCUCCAAUUGACGAAUACCUUUCCUGUGCUGAACAGAGACGUAAGUCCUUGCCUGGUAGAACGAGCCAGACAUCCAGGUCCCCUGCCCUUAAGUUAGCAUGAGGAAUGUACCUACCAGUUUACCUUUACAUGUUCAUAUAUCACAUAUAGUAUUACCGAAUGUAGUUCAGAUGGAAGUAUGUAGGCGGUUCUAAACAGUUUUUGUUAUGCGACAUAUGCUAAUACUUAGGAAAUGUGACAUCUAUGAUCUAUCCAAAUUUUGACGUCAGCACACCUAAAAUUUUUGGAGAGGAAAGCUUAAGUGACAGAUACAUGGAUUUCUUGUGUUGUUUUUUCUAAACUAACGUACAGAGAUUAUCAA